GAGAGGCGCGAAAGAAAAGGCAGGUGGGGGAGGGUCACAAUAUCUUUGGAUCGCAGUCAUGGAGGUGACCAUCGGAGAGCAGCUUUUAAAGAAAAGAAAUCUUGCAUUUGAUAUUAUGAUGGAAACAUCAGGUAGAAGAAGAAAAAGAGUUAAUCCUCAACAUGAUGCAGAACACUAUAUUAAACUGAAAACUGACAAGACUGGUCUAACAGAGCAAUUCAUCAGCCCAUGCAAAGGUCGUGGUGUAAUUACCUCACAGUUUUUCAAACAGGGGGAAUUUGUUCUUGAAUACCGUGGAGAACUUUGCAAAGCAGAUCCUUAUCUUGAAAAAAACAAGUUCAAUGAUACGGUGGAAGUGUUCUUAUUUGAUUUCAAAUGGAAAGGAACCUCUUGGUGCAUUGAUGCUUCUGUUGAAGACAAGUCAUUAGGAAGGCUUGUGAAUGAUGACCACCGAAGGCCUAACUGUAAGAUGAAAACAGUUGAAGUUGAAGGAAGGCCACAUCUUUGCCUGUUUGCCUUACGUGACAUUGACCCAGGAGAAGAAAUAACUUAUGACUACGGAAAAGCUGACUGGCCUUGGCGCAAGAUGGAUAAAUCUACCUAUGAGAUCAGCAACCAAAAUGGUGAUCUUGAACACUGCACUCAGGAUAAAUCGACUUAUGAGAUCAGCAACCAAAAUGGUGAUCUUGAACACUGCACUCAGGAUAAAUCUACUUAUGAGAUCAGCAACCAAAAUGGUGAUCCUGAACACUGCACUCAGGAUAAAUCUACUUAUGAGAUCAGCAACCAAAAUGGUGAUCCUGAACACUGCACUCUGGAUAAAUCUACCUAUGAGAUCAGCAACCAAAAUGGUGAUCUUGAACACUGCACUCAGGAUAAAUCUACCUAUGAGAUCAGCAACCAAAAUGGUGAUCCUGAACACUGCACUCAGGAUAAAUCUACUUAUGAGAUCAGCAACCAAAAUGGUGAUCCUGAACACUGCACUCAGGAUAAAUCGACUUAUGAGAUCAGCAACCAAAAUGGUGAUCUUGAACACUGCACUCAGGAUAAAUCUACCUAUGAGAUCAGCAACCAAAAUGGUGAUCUUGAACACUGCACUCAGGAUAAAUCUACCUAUGAGAUCAGCAACCAAAAUGGUGAUCCUGAACACUGCACUCAGGAUAAAUCUACUUAUGAGAUCAGCAACCAAAAUGGUGAUCCUGAACACUGCACUCAGGAUAAAUCUACCUAUGAGAUCAGCAAACAAACCGGCGAUCUUGAACACUGCACUCAGGAUAAAUCUACCUAUGAGAUCUGCAACCAAAAUGGUGAUCUUGAACACUGCACUCAGGAUAAAUCGACUUAUGAGAUCAGCAACCAAAAUGGUGAUCUUGAACACUGCACUCAGGAUAAAUCUACUUAUGAGAUCAGCAACCAAAAUGGUGAUCCUGAACACUGCACUCAGGAUAAAUCUACUUAUGAGAUCAGCAACCAAAAUGGUGAUCCUGAACACUGCACUCUGGAUAAAUCUACCUAUGAGAUCAGCAACCAAAAUGGUGAUCUUGAACACUGCACUCAGGAUAAAUCUACCUAUGAGAUCUGCAACCAAAAUGGUGAUCUUGAACACUGCACUCAGCCACUACAUUAUUCUGAUGACUUCUUCUUGGAGAGGACCAGGGAACUCUGGAAGAUGCAUGAAGGUAGCUGA